AUGGCGCCCUCUUCAACCAUUAUAGCAAAGCUCAAAGUGCAGCUUAAGCUCUCCAUUGCGCGCCUGCGCAUGGUCCAACAAAAGGAUGAAGCAAUAUCCAAGCAACAGCGUCGCGCAAUGGCCGGUCUCCUCGAGUCUGGAAAGAUCGAAUCUGCCAAAAUCCGCGUCGAGAACAUAAUCCGGUCCGAUAUAACGACUGAGCUCCACGAAAUCCUCGAAUUAUACUGCGAACUCUUGCUCGCGCGAACAGGACUUAUGGAGGGGCCGACGUGCGAUGCGGGAUUAGAAGAGGCGGUUCAGAGUCUCAUAUAUGCAGCGCCGAGGACGGAUGUAAAGGAGUUGCAGUCGGUGAGGGCGCUGCUUUGUGAUAAGUAUGGCAAGGAGUUUGCGCUGCAGGCAAUCGAGAAUAGUGAUGAGAAGGUUAGUACGAAGGUAUUAAAGAAACUUGAAGUCACACCCCCUUCAACAGAGCUCGUAAAUGGGUAUCUAGAAGAGAUUGCGCGGACGUACGGGGUGGAUUGGCCGAAGAGGCCGGAGCCGGAAUUUGUGGAUGAUGAGGUGGAUGAGGAUGAUGAGAAUCCGAGUGGGGGACAGGCGCAGAAGGUGUUGGAGGAACCGAUUAUGGCCGCGGCUGGCAAAGGGGGAAGGGAGGCAAGUGAAAGGGAGGCGUUGAGUAAAGCGACGCCGCCGAGGAACCUUGGCCCGAGUAGUCCGUUGAGGGUCAAUCCGCCGAGUCCGAGUACGGAUAACCUACAUCCUAGGGUUAAGGGAACAUUGGACUUGAAACCGGCAAGUAAGAUGAAGGAAACGGGUGCGAAUCCAGGGUUACAGAGUAAGGGGCCAGUUGGGGGGAUAAUACCGGAUGUGGAUGAGUUGGCGAAGCGGUUUGCCGCUUUGAAGAAGUAA